AACAUGGCCGCGACCAACGUGACGAGCUGAUACUCUCCUGUCAAAAAAUCCCGAGCUCAUGAAUGUCGAAAUGUUUAGACCCCAAUUACUGUUAAAUCAUCGCGGUGAUAACUAAAUAAAAAUAGUGUCCAAUGAUUUCUCCAGUGUAACAUACCCCAUUCAACCUCCGAACGAAAAAAAGGAGGAUAAGGAUAAUGGCGAAGUCAUCAUCCCAGUGUGACCAGGUGGCUUCAUGCAUGGAUGGAGUCAACGUGAAGAUCGCUGAGGCCUACAAGCCACCGAGAAAAUUCGGACUGCCUGCUGCUUAUAAUAACAAGUUUCCUGAUAUUUCGAAAUAUACUUAUGAUUUCAACUUGGAGAGAUCUGUUCUGGAGAAGGUGACAGAAUGGCGUAAAGCUAGACUAGCAAAUGCCGAGGCCCGAAAGGCACGUCUCGAGAGGAGAAAAAAACGAGAGCUUGAAUCGUCAACGCCAUCUCCACCGUCUCCAGAAGACACUAUGAUUCCACUGCCAGUUAAAGUGGCACCAGCACCAGAGGCAACAAUUCUCACGCCUCAGCCUUUAUCCCCACCCCACAGUGAUCUACAUAACAUCGACAUUAACGUUAAAUAUAAUAGGCUUAAUUACGAGGACUUUUAUAACGAUACGAGCAGUCCCUUUGAUAACGUUGAGCUCAAGACCAUCAAUGAGAUGGAGGAACUGGCGCAAGUGCUGCAGUCCAACACCCAGUGGACACCUGCACCCAAGAUCGAGAGCAUUUUGAAGGAGUUAAGUAUUGAGGAGAGUCCAGAGGAGAAGAAGGAUGAGGAGGAUAAGGCUGAUAAUAAUGAGAGGAUACAGGGGGAUGAUAAGUGUAGAAAUAUUUCAAUUAUUGUGGAGGAACUGCAGAGGACUCUGCAGGACAGACCCUGCGUCGAUAACUGGAAGCCAUGGCCAGACUUGGAAAGCCCAGACCCCGAGACGACUCCAGAGGCGAAAAAAUCACCCCUGACUGCCCCGAGUCCCUUGACUCUGUCCAAUCCCCUCCCAGAACUAUCCGAGCACGAUCAGAAGCUAGCUAAACACCUCAGUGACAUGGGUUUUCCUCUACCCAGGUCGGCAAGAGCUAUCAGAAAUCUAGGAAGCACAGACAACAAGAGAGUCGUUGAGUAUCUCCUAGCUGUUCAGUCUCUCGAAGAAUCGGGAAUGCCGGGGGAUGAGGCGGAGAAGGCCAUGGAUGUGGCUCAGCAUGAUCCUGAGAAGGCUAAGAAAUACCACGAGGACCUCUGCACGUUGAAGGACCUUGGCUUCCCUGAGGACGAGGCCUCCAAGGCUCUAGUCAAAUGCGACAUUGACAGGGAUAAAGCUCUCGAUUUUCUCUGUGAGGACUUUGAUCCCAUGUGAGACAAAGUCGAAGGUUUGGGCGCACUUUUGAGAGCAGAAGAGGAGAACUAUGAGGAGGGCCACCUCCUCACUGGUGCCGACAGUCACCCAGGCUUCUGUGAAGAUUGGCUGGUGGCACUGAUUGCUUAAGCAGAUGCUUAUUGGACCGUUGAAUAACACAUUGUGGAAGAUGGCGGGUUCAGGGCAGAUCGAGCUGUUGAGAUAGAUUUCAUAACUU